CGAAGUGAGUCAAGAAAGCCCAAACCACUGGUGUACGAGAAAGGCAGCCACCAGACACGUCAGCAAGAGCAAGGAGGAGAUGUGAGGAUCCAAUGCAUGCCAUAUGAAUCAGAAGCGCAACUCAACAAACACAGCAGCUUGCAGGCAUGUCAGCCUGAACCGCAGGCAGAUGAGAGACAAAACCAAGAGGGGCCUCAACCAGAACAACUGGCAGACAUGAAGAGUCACAAUGAGCCAUGUAAACCUCAACCACUGCCAAACCGGUGGAGUAGUCAAGAGCCACAUGAGCCAGCACCACAAACGAAUGAUCAAAAAAACCAUCAGCCACAAGACCAAGAGGCAGUGGUAUAUGGAAGGAGCAGCCGUUGGCCACAGGAGCCAGAACAAGAAGCAGAUAGAGGAAGUCACAACCAGCCACAUAAGCCUGAAUUACUCACAGAUGAGAAAAGCUGCUAUCACCUCCAUGAGCUAGAACAAAAAAUAUUUGAAUAUAGCAGCCGCCAGCCACAUGAGCUGGAAUGCCUGGAUUUGGAGAGCAGAAGUCAUCAAAAACACAAGGAAGAAGAAAAGGCAGAUCUAAGGAAUCAAAACCUGUCACAUGGACCAUAUCCUCACAGACACCAAUAUAGCAGUUAUGAGUCUCAAGAGACCGAACACCUGCAAUAUGAGAGGCACAACCACAGAUCAUCUGAGCCAGCACGAAAGAGAGAUGAAAGGGUUUGUGGUCCAUCACGUGAAACAGGGCCUCCAGUGUAUGAACGUAGCCAGUAUCAGUCACUUGAAUCUGAACGAGUGGAGAAUCAGAGGAGAAGCUGUCAGAGAGGUGAACAAGAAAGACAAGUAACUGUGAGAAGCAACCAACAGCAAUGGGAGGAUCACACAGUGGAAAAUAAGAGAAGCCUCCAGCUACAUGAGCCAGCGGGCCAGGCGAGGAUCGAUCGCCAACGCGAGCUCGCAGCUGACGUCUCCGAGAGCAGCAGACGCCAGGCACGGGAGAGAGGAGAGCGAGCUCCCGCGAGCGCCUACGAACGGACCCGCCGGACCGCAGAAGAGGCAGCCGAGGCAGACCUGAGGGUUUGCCGUGUCUCCCGCGAACCGGAGCCACGUGGCGACACAGCAAGGAGGGACCGUUCCCAGGAGGGCGAACCAGCAGAGGACGAGAGGAGGAUUCGCCGCGGACGAGAGCUGGAAGAGCCAGCGGGCCAGGCGAGGAUCGAUCGCCAACGUGAGCUCGCAGCUGACAUCUCCGAGAGCAGCAGACGCCAGGCACGGGAGAGAGGAGAGCGAGCUCCCGCGAGCGCCUACGAACGGACCCGCCGGACCGCAGAAGAGGCAGCCGAGGCAGACCUGAGGGUUUGCCGUGUCUCCCGCGAACCGGAGCCACGUGGCGACACAGCAAGGAGGGACCGUUCCCAGGAGGGCGAACCAGCAGAGGACGAGAGGAGGAUUCGCCGCGGACGAGAGCUGGAAGAGCCAGCGGGCCAGGCGAGGAUCGAUCGCCAACGCGAGCUCGCAGCUGACGUCUCCGAGAGCAGCAGACGCCAGGCACGGGAGAGAGGAGAGCGAGCUCCCGCGAGCGCCUACGAACGGACCCGCCGGACCGCAGAAGAGGCAGCCGAGGCAGACCUGAGGGUUUGCCGUGUCUCCCGCGAACCGGAGCCACGUGGCGACACAGCAAGGAGGGACCGUUCCCAGGAGGGCGAACCAGCAGAGGACGAGAGGAGGAUUCGCCGGGGACGAGAGCUGGAAGAGCCAGCGGGCCAGGCGAGGAUCGAUCGCCAACGCGAGCUCGCAGCUGACGUCUCCGAGAGCAGCAGACGCCAGGCACGGGAGAGAGGAGAGCGAGCUCCCGCGAGCACCCAGAGGGAGUUCCAUGAGAGAAGCAUUUGUGACAGAAUGUGA